GAAAAAGGGGUAAAACAGAGAGAGCAUCGGUUGUUGUUUCAUAUGAAGUGCGGCAAAAUCAUCAUCAUCAUCGGCACCAAAUCAAACAAACAAAUUCAUCGAUUUUAAGAUACAGAAGGAAAGGGAAAUGGGAAGAUUGUAUGUAAUAAGUCUUGAAGGAAGUAUAUACAGUUGUAAACAUUGCAAUACUCAUCUGGGUCUCUCUGAUGACAUCAUCUCUAAGUCUUUUCACUGUCGACAUGGGAAAGCUUAUCUCUUUGACAAAGUCGUGAAUGUGACUGUUGGGGAGAAAGAAGAUAGGGCAAUGAUAACGGGAAUGCAUACUGUUGUCGACAUAUUCUGUGUUGGAUGUGGUUCAAUUGUGGGUUGGAAAUAUGAGUCAGCACAUGACAAGGGGCAAAAGUACAAGGAAGGGAAGUUUAUUCUCGAGAGGUUUAAAGUUUUGGGUCCAGAUGGGAGCUUGUAUGUACUUGGACAAGAAGUUCAGGUGGGUGUUGGAAGUGAUGCAGAUGAUGCAUGAUUCAGUCUAAAUUAUUGGCUAUAAAAUGUACAGUGGUUGGUAUAGACUAUUAAACCAUGGUCUUCCAUUAGACCUUACAUUGAAAGAAUUGGUAGGGUGGUGAUAGUGAAAUCAUGUUAGGUAUGGUUAUAUGAUGCUAUUUUUUUCUAUUUCCAAGGUUUUGUAUUGGGCAUGUCUUUGACCAAUUUGGUAAACACUACUGGUUUCUGACUGAAAACCGUGAGUUCAUAUAAGAGGUAUGUCUUUUCACGAGAAUUACAAAAAAAUGGCAACAUGCAAAAACAUUGUUCCUUGAUGUAAGUUACGAA